AUGGUUCCCCUUAGGUCAUCAAGAUCACAUAUACGCUUCUUCAGAAACCUCUCUCUCAUCCUAAUGUGCGCUUCGAUCUCUCUUCUCCUCUGGAACACUCUGAGACGCCCAACCUGCUCUGAGAGGAGACCGCUCCCAGCACCUGACCUCCUGCCACAAGACUAUGCAGACGACCUGCCAGCCUGCUCAGCUAUCAUCAGAGGAGACCUGAAGGGCAUUGACAAGGAGCAGCUCAGAAGACUUCUGAAAACAAAGAUCAAGCCCAAGCUUCUGUCUGAGGCGUUCUACCACCACGUGACCCGAAACUGUAAAACUUACGUUACAGACAGAGGGUUCGUCAUGAUGCCCCUGAGUGUGGAGGAGAGAGACUUCCCCAUCGCCUACUCCAUGGUGGUCCAUGAGAAGAUUGAGAUGUUUGAGCGACUCCUGCGUGCCGUGUACACACCUCAGAAUGUAUACUGCGUGCAUGUGGACCAGAAAUCCUCGGAGGAAUUCAGGACUGCAGUAAAGGCUAUUGUGUCUUGUUUUACCAAUGUGUUUGUGGCAAGUAAGACAGAGAGUGUAGUUUACGCAUCGUGGUCUCGAGUGCAGGCAGAUCUAAACUGUAUGAGGGACCUGUUGAAGUCACCUGUCCAGUGGAGGUACCUGCUCAAUACCUGUGGAACAGAUUUCCCCAUUAAAACUAACGCAGAGAUGGUUCAGUCACUCAAACUGCUCAACGGGAGGAACAGCAUGGAGUCUGAGACCACCGUCGACUAUAAGAAACACCGGUGGCAGUAUCAGCACAACAUCACCAACAACAUAGUGGUCAGGACGGGCGUUACGAAGAGCCCUCCUCCAAUCAGCACCCCCAUGUUCUCCGGAAAUGCCUAUUUCGUGGUCUCCAGGGAUUUUGUCCAUCACGUGUUUGACAGCCAGGAGGUUCUGGCCCUGAUGGAGUGGGAGAGGGACACCUACAGUCCUGAUGAGCACCUGUGGGCCACUCUGCAGCGCAUGCCCUCAGUGCCAGGGUCUAACCCUCCCCACAUUAAGUACCAUGAAACAGACAUGAACGCCAUCGCUCGCAUGGUGAAGUGGAGUUACCUGGAAGGAGAUGUGAGGAAAGGAGCCCCAUAUCCACCCUGCUCCGGUGCCUCCAGGAGAGCUGUGUGUGUCUACGGGGCUGGAGAUCUCCGGUGGCUCCUACAACACCACCACCUCAUCGCUAACAAGUUUGACCCAGAGGUGGAUGAUGUAGCCAUUCGAUGUCUGGAAUCUUACCUUCGUUUCAAAGCAACAUAUGGUUAAUCUGGGAGUAUCUGUAAAAAGCUAUGAAAUGAAAAAGGGUUGCAAAUACCGUAAUGUAUAUUUAUUUCAAUUGUGUUUUUGUAUGAAUUUUAUACGUGUUUGUUUUAUCUAUUGAAUUGAAUGCACUGAUUAGAAGUGGCUCUGGAUAAGAGCGUCUGCUAAAUUAUACAAAAAACGUAAUGUCGCACUUAGAAUACACUGUCUUUACAACAGUUAUAUCAUUAGAUAGUAUAGAUGACAUCAAUGGAGGUUGUGAAAAAAAAGGAAUACUUGGAGUGUUGAAAUAAAACUUUUCACCCUCAAUUUAGCAAUUUCCUGUUUUAAUAAAGUUAGUUGCAUUGUUAUUCACUUCCAAACCAAAUCAACCGUUGACCUCAAGCAAAUUAAUAACUAAUAUGUAGUCUAUUGCUUGGCUAGUUGCCUUACUCUUUAACUUUCCUUUUCAUUUGAAGAGACUGCCACCUUCUUCUGACUGAAAUGUGAUGUCAAGUCGUCCUUAACUGCCCAUUUGAAUUUAUAAGAAACAUUUAAUGAUCUAUUUUCGUGAUAGCCAUUUAACACACUUUAGCAGGCAUUGUUGAACACAGUGCUCAUUCUACUAGAAGAAAGUGGCAGUAGAGCUGCAAGCAUUGUAGGAUGCUGCAUUUGCCUCUGACAUUAAGGGUGAUGCACGUGAAUUAGCACAGGUUGGAAUGGCUAAGGACAUCUUUGAACGUCAAUUUGCCCGACAGUUUUGAUAUCCGUUCCUUAUGAUCCAUUACACCUCAUAGCAUAGCACACUGCUUAAGACUAAUAUAGAAAUAUUAUUUUCUUUCUUCAAACAUGCAUACAACAUUGUGUAAAAAUGUAAUAAUGCAACAAACAAACAAAAAAUACACACAAUCUUCUAAAAACGGAGCCACAUCAAGUUGUUGCAAGAACUUAAAGUUCUUAAAUUAAGAGACAAUAUUAUUAAGUUGGAAUAAAUUAAAUAGAUUUUACACACAAAUAAUUGUUUAGAUUUUGCAGUAUAUUACAUUUACAUUUUCUAAUCUCAUGCCUUUUGAAUACACAAAAUGAAGUAAAGUAUUCAAAUAUGGAAGAGAAAUCAGAAACCUGCAUUUUUAUGUGAAAAUCAUAAUAUUUAGUAAGAUUUUUUUUUUUUAUGGUUGGUUUGGACUUUACCACCAACUUUUCAAAAGGAAAUAAUUCAGCAGAAAUAACAUACUGUUUGACUGGAUCAUGUGUCACUAUAACUGUCAAGCGAAGCCUUAAUAUUGCCUCUCUAAUGAGGCAAUAAAAGCAACAAGGAAAGCUGGAAUUACAUUUUCAGUUUACUUCCUGAACUGAGUGAAUUGACUGCAACCAACCCCAUUCUCUCAUGACAGGUUUAACUAUUAAAAUUAGUAGCUGGAGAUUUGGUCCUGGGUGCCGAGACGACAUCCAACCAUGACCUGCAUAUGGCCAAGUGUUAUAGAUGUACAUAAGUCUAUAUGGGGGGGGGGGGUGUCCAACAAUAUUGGUUGCGUGGGGUAAGUGGGUUAGAAUUGUGUAAUUUAGAGCAUCAUGCCAAUACUUGGAACUGCUGAAAAGUGUGGUAUUGUAUGCUAGUAAUUCAUUUUCAACAUUUGUUCCAAGUUUAGACCCUUUUAAUUUCAAGGAUUUGUAGACAGUAUAAAGCCAUGCCCAUUAAAGUUAAUAAUUACCUACUCACUUUAAACUGAGUUGAGUGUGUGUGUGACAUUCAUCAUUUCACAGCAGUGCUCCCAGGCUAUGGUCUGCACACAAAUACGAAUAAUACAUAGAUAAAUAGUUAUGGUUCCCCUUAGGUCAUCAAGAUCACAUAUACGCUUCUUCAGAAACCUCUCUCUCAUCCUAAUGUGCGCUUCGAUCUCUCUUCUCCUCUGGAACACUCUGAGACGCCCAACCUGCUCUGAGAGGAGCCCGCUCCCAGCACCUGACCUCCUGCCACAAGACUACGCAGACGACCUGCCAGCCUGCUCAGCUAUCAUCAGAGGAGACCUGAAGGGCAUUGACAAGGAGCAGCUCAGAAGACUUCUGAAAACAAAGAUUAAGCCCAAGCUUCUGUCUGAGGUGUUCUACCACCACGUGACCCGAAACUGUAAAACUUACGUUACAGACAGAGGGUUCGUCAUGAUGCCCCUGAGUGUGGAGGAGAGAGACUUCCCCAUCGCCUACUCCAUGGUGGUCCAUGAGAAGAUUGAGAUGUUUGAGCGACUCCUGCGUGCCGUGUACACACCUCAGAAUGUAUACUGCGUGCAUGUGGACCAGAAAUCCUCGGAGGAAUUCAGGACUGCAGUAAAGGCUAUUGUGUCUUGUUUUACCAAUGUGUUUGUGGCAAGUAAGACAGAGAGUGUAGUUUACGCAUCGUGGUCUCGAGUGCAGGCAGAUCUAAACUGUAUGAGGGACCUGUUGAAGUCACCUGUCCAGUGGAGGUACCUGCUCAAUACCUGUGGAACAGAUUUCCCCAUUAAAACGAACGCAGAGAUGGUUCAGUCACUCAAACUGCUCAACGGGAGGAACAGCAUGGAGUCUGAGACCAUCGUCGACUAUAAGAAACACCAGUGGCAGUAUCAGCACAACAUCACCAACAACAUAGUGGUCAGGACGGGCGUUACGAAGAGCCCUCCUCCAAUCAGCACCCCCAUGUUCUCCGGAAAUGCCUAUUUCGUGGUCUCCAGGGCCUUUGUCCAUCACGUGUUUGACAGCCAGGAGGUUCUGGCCCUGCUGGAGUGGGAGAGGGACACCUACAGUCCUGAUGAGCACCUGUGGGCAACUCUGCAGCGCAUGCCCUCAGUGCCAGGGUCUAACCCUCCCCACAUUAAGUACCAUGAAACAGACAUGAACGCCAUCGCUCGCAUGGUGAAGUGGAGUUACCUGGAAGGAGAUGUGAGGAAAGGAGCCCCAUAUCCCACCCUGCUCCGGUGCCUCCAGGAGAGCUGUGUGUGUCUACGGGGCUGGAGAUCUCCGGUGGCUCCUACAACACCACCACCUCAUCGCUAACAAGUUUGACCCAGAGGUGGAUGAUGUAGCCAUUCGAUGUCUGGAAUCUUACCUUCGUUUCAAAGCAACAUAUGGUUCAUCUGGGAGUAUCUGUAAAAAGCUAUGAAAUGAAAAAGGGUUGCAAACACUGUAAUGUAUAUUUAUUUCAAUUGUGUUUUUGUAUGAUUUUUAUACGUGUUUGUUUUACAUAUUGAAUUGAAUGCACUGAUUAGAAGUGGCUCUGGAUAAGAACGUCUGCUAAAUUAUACCAAAAAACGUAAUGUCGCACUUAGAAUACACUGUCUUUACAACAGUUAUAUCAUUAGACAGUAUAAAUGACAUCAAUGGAGAUUGUAAAAAAAAACGAAUACUUGCCGAGUGUUGAAAUAAAACUUUUUCACCCUCAAUUUUGCAAUUUCCUGUUUCAAUAAAGUUAGUUGCAUUGUUAUUCACUUCCAAACCAAAUCAACCGUUGACCUCAAGCAAAUUAAUAACUAAUAUGUAGUCUAUUGCUUGGCUAGUUGCCUUACUCUUUAACUUUCCUUUUCAUUUGAAGAGACUGCCACCUUCUUCUGACUGAAAUGUGAUGUCAAGUCGUCCUUAACUGCCCAUUUGAAUUUAUAAGAAACAUUUAAUGAUCUAUUUUUCGUGAUAGCCAUUUAACACACUUUAGCAGGCAUUGUUGAACACAGAGCUCAUUCUACUAGCAGAAAGUGGCAAAGAGCUGCAAACAUUGUAGGAUGCUGCAUUUGCCUCUGAUAUUAAGGGUGAUGUGCGUGAAUUAGCUCUGGUGGGAAUGGCUAAUGACAUCUUUGAAAGUCAAUUUGCCCAACAGUUUUGAUAUCCGUUCAUCAUGAUCUAUUACACCUCAUAGCACAGCAACUGCCCAAUACUAAUAUAGAAAUAUCAUUUUAUUUCUUCCAACAUGCACACAACAUUGUGUAAAAAUAUAAUUCAUUGAAUUACCCACACAAUCCUCUAAAAAUGGAGCCACAUGUCAAGUUGUUGCAGGAAUUUACAAUUCUUAAGUUGAGAGAAAAUAUGAAAUUGGAGUAAAUUAAACAGUACUUCCCUCGUAGUUGUUUUUUACACACAAAUAAUUGUUUAGAUUUUGCAGUGUAUUAAAUUGAAUUUACAUUUUCGAAUGUCAUGCAGUUUUGAACACAAAAUUAAGUAAGGUAAUAAAAUAUUGAAGUAAAAUCUGAAACCUGCAUACUUAUGUGGAAAUAUUUACUAAGCCCCUGAAUAUUUUUGGGGGGGUUAGUUUGGACAUUACCACCCAACUUUUCAAAAGGAAAUAAUUCAGCAUAAAUAACAUAAUGUUUGACUAUGUCAUAAAGUAUUCACACCUCUUGACUUUUUCCACAUUUUGUUGUGUUACAAAGUGGGAUUAAAAUGGAUUUACUUGUCAUUUUUGUCAGUGAUCUACACAAAAUACUCUGUAAUGUCAAAUUGGAAGAACAAUUCUACAUUUGUAACAAAUUAAUGAAAAAGAAAACCUUAAUAUAUCUUGAUUAUAUACGUGUUCAAUCCCCUGAGUCAAUACAUGCUAGAAUCACCUUUGGCAAGCGAUUACAGCUGUGAGUUUCUGGGUAAGUCUAAGAGCUUUGCACACCUGGAUUGUACAAUAUUUGCACAUUAUUCUUUUUUAAAAAAACUCUUCAAGCUCUCUCAAGAUGGUCGUUGAUUAUUGCUAGACAACCAUUUUCAUGACUUGCCAUAGAUUUUCAAGCCGAUUUAAGUCAAAACUGUAACUACGCCACUCAGGAACAUUCAACGUCAUCUUGUUAAGCAACUCCAGUGUAUAUUUGGCCUUGUGUUUUAGGUUUAUUGGUCCUGCUGAAAGGUGAAUUUGUCUCCCAGGGUCUGGUGGAAAGCAGACUGAACUAGGUUUUCCUCUAGGAUUUUGCCUGUGCUUAGCUCUAUUACGUUAUUUUUAGCAUAAAAAAAACUCCCUAAUGCUUGCCGAUGACAAGCAUACCCAUAACAUGAUGCGCCACCACCAUGAAAAUAUUUAGAGUGGUACUCAGUGAUGUGUUGGAUUUGCCCCAAACAUAACGCUUUGUAUUCAGAAAAAAGUUUAUUUCUUUGCCAUGUUUUUUUUCCAGUUUACUUUAGUGCCUUACUGCAAACAGCGUGCAUGUUUAGGAAUACUUGUAUUCUGUACAGGCUUCCUUCUUUUCACUCUGUCAAUUAGGUUAGGUAUUGUGGAGUAACUACUUUGUUGUUGAUCCAUCCUCAGUUUCUCCUAUCACACCCAUUAAAACGGUCACUGCUUCAAAGACACCAUAACGCCUCAUGAUGAAAUCCCUGGGCGGUUUCCUUCCUCUCCGGCAACAGACUUAGGUAGUAUCUUUGUAAUGACUGGAGGUAUUGAUGCACCAUCCAAAGUGUUAUUAAUAACUUCACCAUGCUCAAAUGGAUAUUCAAUGUCUGAUUGUUUUAUUUAUACCCAUCUACUAAUAGGUGCCCGCCCUUCUUUGCGAGGCAUUGGAAAACCUCCCUGUACUUUAUGGUUGAAUCUGUGUUUGAAAUUCACUGCUCGACCGAGGGACCUUACAGAUAAUUGUAUGUGUGGUGCACAGAGAUUAGGCAUUCUUUUCACAAAUCAUGUUGAACACUAUUGUUGCACACCGAGUGAGUCCCAUUUAACAAUGUAUUAUGUGACUUGUUAAGCACAUUUGUACUCCCUGAACUUAUUUAAACUUGCCAUAACAAAGGGGUUGAAUACGUAUUGGACUCAAGACAUUUCAAGCUUUUCAUUUUGAAUUACAAACUGAACAAAAAUAAAGACACAAAAUCUAAAGUGUUGGGUACCAUGUUUAUUGAGCUGAAAUAAAAGAUCCCAGAAAUGUUCCAUACACGCUCGAAAAGCUUAUUUCUCUUAUAUGUUUGUGCACAAAUGUAUUUACAUCCCUGUUCGUGAGCAGUUCUCCUUUACCAAGAUAAAUCAUCCCACCUGACAGGUGUGGCAUAUCAAGAAGCUGAUUAAACAGCAUGAUCAUUACACAGGUGCACCUUGUGGUGGGGACAAUAAAAGGGCCACUCUACAAUGUGCAGUUUUGUCACACAGCACAAUGCCACAGAUGUCUGAAUUUUGAGGGAGCGUGCAAUUGAAUUGCUGACUGCCGGAAUGUCCACCAGAGCUGUUUUCCUGAGAAUGUAUUGUUUCAUUUCUCUACCAUAAGCUGCUCCCAUGUCAUUUUAGAGAAUUUGGUAGUACAUACAAUUUUAUGGAUCCUGAGUCCCAUUGUUGUGGCCAUUAAUCCGCCGCCAUCACCUCAUGUUUCAGAAUGAUAAUGCAACGGCCCCAUGUCGCAAGAAUCUGUACAUAAUUCCUGGAAGCCUGCAUAGUCACCAGACUGUCACCCCUUGAGCAUGUUCGGGAUACUCUGGAUCAACAUGUACGACAGCGUGUUCCAGUUCCCCACCAAUAUCAAGCAACUUCACACAACCAUUGAAGAGGAGUGGGGACAAAAUUCCACAGACCACUGAUCAACUCAAUGAAAAGAGAUGUGUUUGUGCUGGGUGAUGCAAAUGGUGGUCCACACCAAAUACUGACUGGUUUUCUGAUCCACGCCCCUACCUUUAAAAAAAAAGGUGUAUUCCCAGUAAUGUGAAUCCAUAGAUUAGGGCCUAAUUUAUUUAUUUAAAUUGACUGAUUUCCUUAUAUGAAAUGUAACUCAGUAAAAUCUUUGAAAUUGAUGAAUUUGCGUUUAUAUUUUUGUUCAGUAUAAUUUCUAACGUUUUAAGAAAACAUACAGUGCAUUCAGAAAGUAAUUAGACCCCUUCCUUUUUUCCACAUUUUGUUAUGUUACAAGCCUUAUUCUAAAGUUGAUUAAAUAAAAAUAUGUCCUCAUCAAUCUACCAUACAAUACCCCAUAAUGACAAAGCGAAACAGUUUUUAGAAAUGUUUGCAAAUGUAAAAAAAAAAAAAAAAAACUGAAAUACCUUAUUUACAUAAGUAUUCAGACCCUUUUUCAUGAGACUCGAAAUUUAGCUCAGGUGCAUUCCGAGCAAAAUACAAUUUUAAAGGGUUGGUCCCCCCGUGUAAAAAAUGGGGCAAAGUUAAAAAACCGUCUGAAGCCCCAAAAUAGAAAUUCCAUUCACAAAAAACAACAGGGAGAAUUCAAGGAAUUGGUCCGUAGACCCAAAUCGGAGUUGGGUGAGGCAACAGGUAAGGGGUGAGGGUAAAAAACCCGGUGCGGUGCCCGGUAAACAAUAGGCAGUUUGCAGAAUUGUGAAAAAUGGGAUUCCUAUGGGGGUCGGAAGAAGACACUACGGUCUCCGAUAAAAGAAAGUGGAGAAUAAGUUCCCCCAAAACCGUCUGCAGCCAAAAUACGAAAUCUACCCUAUACUGAAACAAAAGGGGGAAAAUUUUCCCCCAAAAUUUAAAACCCGGGGAAAACCCCGCAAGAUGGUUUCAGCAUCAACGCUGGGGGAAAGAGGGAGUCUAAACCCAUCGUCGAUUUAAAAGAAAACCAGUGGCAGUAUCAGCACAACAUCACCAACAACAUAGUGGUCAGGACGGGCGUUACAAGAGCCCUCCUCCAAUCAGCACCCCCAUGUUCUCCGGAAAGGCCAAAUUUCGGGGUCUCCAGGGCCUUUGUCCUCACGUGUUUGACAGCCAGGAGGGUUUGGCCCUGCUGGAGUGGGAGAGGGACACCUACGGGUCCUUGAUGAGCACCUGGGGGCCCAACUCUGCAGCGCAUGCCCUCAGUGCCAGGGUCUAA